AGAAGAAAAAAGGGAAAAAAGAAGGAAGAAGAUGAAAUAUGAUGGAUGUUAAUGAUGAUUUGAAUCGUAGGGUGAGGAUGAAGGGUUGAUUGUCCAGCCAUGUUGGUCGCCAUGCGAAGACAUAUAAAAGCAUUUCGGUUGAGAGGGAAAGAAAGAGAGACUUGGUAGCCACGGAUUGGCGCGAAAUUAAAGGGAACUACCGAAUUUACCGGCCUUUCUGAACAAUGUCACUCCCACAAUCCAUCGGAUCCAGAUUCACUAGCUCUCUCUCUCUAAAGCAGACAAAAUUUACUUUCUCAGAUCACAAUACCCUCUUUUGGUUCAUUUUUUUCACUUUUCUUUCCACCAAUCUUUCUGGGAAAUGUCUCUUUCGUCCAUUUUCUUGCAUUACACUCCCACCCAUCUUUGAUUUACUCCCUGUUCUUCUGCUUUCUGAUGUGAAUUUAAGCCAUGAUUUUUGCCAAAAGGGCCAUUUGGGGUGCCAUUUUUAGCCGUCCUGUCGCUGGUAUGCUGUAUGAAUUAGGCAGCUGAGGUGUUUGAAGAAAGUACCCAAUCGUCAACAGGCUUCAGAUUGCAGCAUUACAAAUGGGUACUCCAGUUAACAUUAUUGUAGGUUCUCAUGUCUGGAUUGAAGAUCCAGAAGUUGCUUGGCUUGAUGGACAGGUUUCCAAGAUUACAGGGCAGGAAGCUGAGAUCGAAGCCAGCAAUGGGAAAAAAGUUGUUGCAAAAUUAUCCAAAAUAUACCCAAAAGAUAUGGAGGCUCCAGCUGGUGGCGUUGAUGACAUGACGAAGCUAUCUUACUUGCAUGAGCCUGGAGUUCUACAAAAUUUAAAAAUUCGAUAUGAACUCAAUGAAAUCUAUACCUACACUGGCAAUAUUCUUAUUGCAAUUAAUCCAUUCCAAAGACUUCCUCAUAUUUAUGAUGGUCACAUGAUGCAACAAUACAAAGGAGCACCAUUUGGAGAACUGAGUCCUCAUGUUUUUGCCGUUGCUGAUGUUGCAUACAGGGCAAUGAUUAAUGAGGGUAAAAGCAAUUCGAUUCUUGUCAGUGGUGAAAGUGGAGCAGGGAAAACUGAAACCACAAAAAUGCUCAUGCGGUACCUUGCAUUUUUAGGUGGCCGGGUAGCCACUGAAGGACGAACAGUUGAGCAACAAGUUCUUGAGUCAAAUCCAGUGCUUGAAGCUUUUGGAAAUGCUAAAACUGUUAGAAAUAACAAUUCCAGUCGCUUUGGUAAAUUUGUUGAAAUCCAGUUUGACAAGCAUGGAAGAAUCUCAGGAGCAGCCAUCCGAACUUACCUUCUUGAGAGAUCUCGUGUUUGCCAAGUUUCUGAUCCUGAGCGCAAUUAUCACUGCUUUUACCUCCUUUGUGCUGCACCUCAGGAGGAAAUUGAAAAAUACAAGCUGGGAAAUCCCAAGUCAUUUCAUUACCUUAAUCAAUCAAAUUGCUAUGAACUGGUCGAUGUAAGUGAUGCUCAUGACUACCUAGCCACUAGAAGAGCUAUGGAUAUUGUUGGAAUUAGUGCUAAGGAGCAGGAAGCAAUUUUUAGGGUUGUUGCUGCUAUUCUUCAUCUUGGAAAUAUUGAAUUUACAAAGGGCAAAGAUGUUGAUUCAUCAGUUCCAAAAGAUGACAAGGCCAAAUUUCAUCUUAAAAUGACUGCAGAGCUUCUCAUGUGUGAUGCUGUUGGCCUUGAAGAUGCAUUAUGCAAGCGUGUCAUGAUCACCCCUGAAGAAGUGAUAAAACGUAGCUUGGAUCCUCAAAGUGCGGCUGUUAGCCGAGAUGGUUUGGCCAAAACUAUAUAUUCUCGACUAUUUGACUGGUUGGUUGAUAAAAUUAAUGUCUCAAUUGGACAAGAUCCUAAUUCCAAGUCCCUGAUCGGGGUCCUUGAUAUCUAUGGUUUUGAAAGCUUCAAAGCUAACAGUUUUGAGCAGUUCUGUAUUAAUUUCACAAAUGAGAAGUUACAGCAGCACUUCAAUCAGCACGUUUUCAAAAUGGAACAAGAAGAAUACACGAAAGAAGAGAUUGAUUGGAGCUACAUUGAGUUUGUCGACAAUCAAGAUGUGUUGGAUCUUAUUGAAAAGAAACCUGGUGGAAUUGUGGCUCUCCUUGAUGAAGCUUGCAUGUUCCCAAAGUCAACACAUGAAACAUUUGCUAACAAGCUCUAUCAGACUUUCAAGAGUCAUAAGCGGUUUAUAAAACCCAAACUUUCUCGAACAGACUUUACCAUUGCUCAUUAUGCUGGAGAGGUUUUAUAUCAAUCUGAACAGUUUUUGGACAAAAACAAGGAUUACGUUGUUCCUGAACAUCAGGAUUUGUUGGGUGCCUCCAAGUGUCCAUUUGUAGCUGGCCUUUUCCCUCCACUAAAAGAAGAAUCUGCAAAAUCUUCCAAGUUCUCUUCCAUUGGGUCUCGCUUUAAGCUACAACUACAACAGUUAAUGGAAACAUUAAAUUCUACAGAACCUCACUACAUCAGAUGUGUGAAGCCAAACAAUCUCUUAAAACCUGCCAUCUUUGAGAAUGUCAACAUAAUGCAACAGCUGCGUUGUGGUGGUGUCUUGGAAGCAAUCAGGAUCAGUUGUGCUGGGUACCCUACUCGCCGUGCUUUCUUUGAAUUCAUUAACCGAUUUGGAAUUCUAGCUCAAGAAUCAUUAGAAGGAAACUAUGACGAAAAAGCUGUGUGUAAAAAGAUAUUAGAAAAGCAGGGACUUAAAGGGUUUCAGAUAGGUAAGACAAAAGUAUUCCUUAGGGCUGGUCAGAUGGCUGAAUUAGACGCACGAAGAGCAGAGGUGCUGAGUAAUGCAGCAAAGACUAUUCAACGGCGCACACGAACCCAUAUUGCUCGUAAACAGUUUAUUGCAUUACGAAAGGCAACCAUACAUGUGCAAUCUAGGUGGAGAGGAAAACUGGCUUGCAAACUUUUCAAGAAUUUGAAGAGGGAGGCAGCUGCUGUGAAAAUUCAGAAGAAUGCUCGAAGAUUUCACGCGAGAAAAUCCUAUAAAAAACUACAAAUUUCAGUGCUUGCUGUGCAAACUGGUUUAAGGGCAAUGGCAGCAAGGAACGAAUUCAGAUUUAGGAAGCAGACCAAGGCGGCAAUUAUCAUUCAGGCUCGAUGGCGUUGCCAUAAAGCUGCCUCAUACUAUAAGAAACUUCAGAGAGGCUCAGUAAUUGCACAAUGUAGAUGGAGGGGAAAGGUCGCAAGAAAGGAACUUAGAAAACUCAAAUUGGCUGCAAGGGAGACUGGCGCACUAAAAGAAGCAAAGGAUAAGUUGGAAAAGAAAGUGGAGGAGCUUACUUGGCGCAUACAACUAGAAAAACGUCUAAGGACGGACCUGGAAGAGGCAAAAGCACAGGAGAUAGCGAAAUUACAAAAUUCCUUGCAAGAAAUGCAGGCCAAAGUUGAAGAAACUAACUCAAUUCUAGUAAAGGAGCGAGAGGCUGUCAAGAAGGCUGUUGAAGAAGCACCUCCCGUUAUACAAGAAACCCAAGUUCUUGUUGAAGAUACUAUGAAAAUUGAUGCUUUGACAGCAGAAGUAGAAAGCUUAAAGACCUCACUGGAGACGGAGAAAAGUAGAGCCGAUGAAUAUGAGAAAAAAUGUGGUGAAGUAGAACAGUCUAGAGAUGAACAGCGUAAAAAGUUAGAAGAUACUGAGAAAAAAGCUCAUCAGCUCCAGGAAUCAUUGACCAGGCUAGAAGAGAAGCUUUCCAAUUUGGAAUCAGAGAAUCAAGUUUUACGCCAACAAGCUGUCUCUAUGGCACCUAAUAAACUCCUCUCCGGACGGUCUCGAUCAAUUCUUCAGAGGGGUGCUGAAAGUGGUCACUAUGGAGGGGAAGGGAGGACACCUUUGGAUCUACACAGCCCUUCUAUUAACCAAAGGGAUGCAGAAGUCGAGGAUAAACCUCAAAAAUCACUUAAUGAGAAACAGCAAGAGAAUCAGGAAUUGCUCAUUAGAUGUAUUGCUCAGCACCUAGGCUUUGCAGGAAACAGGCCAAUUGCUGCUUGUAUCAUCUACAAGUGCCUGCUUCAGUGGAGGUCAUUUGAAGUCGAACGCACCAGUGUAUUUGAUAGGAUAAUUCAAACCAUAGGCCAUGCAAUUGAGACCCAGGAUAACAAUGAUGUCUUGGCCUAUUGGUUGUCCAAUGCUUCAACGCUUCUCUUACUGCUUCAGCGCACUUUGAAAGCUAGUGGUGCGGCUGGAAUGGCUCCACAGCGUCGGCGAUCAUCGUCGGCUACGCUAUUUGGGAGGAUGACUCAAAGUUUUCGAGGAGCUCCACAGGGAGUCAACCUAUCCUUAAUCAAUGGUGGAACUGGUGGAGGAGUUGACACUUUAAGACAAGUUGAAGCAAAGUACCCUGCUUUGCUUUUCAAGCAGCAGCUGACAGCAUAUGUAGAGAAAAUUUAUGGAAUGAUAAGAGAUAAUUUGAAGAAAGAAAUUUCCCCAUUGCUAGGAUUGUGCAUCCAGGCACCAAGAACAUCAAGGGCAAGUUUAGUGAAGGGAUCUUCUCGUUCUGUUGCCACAACAGAGGCCCAGCGCGCCUUAAUUGCUCACUGGCAAGGAAUUGUGAAGAGCCUUGGAAACUUCUUAAACACCUUAAAAGCAAAUCAUGUACCCCCGUUUUUAGUUCGGAAAGUCUUCAUACAAAUAUUUUCUUUUAUCAACGUUCAACUAUUUAACAGUCUUCUUUUACGACGAGAAUGUUGUUCAUUUAGCAAUGGCGAAUACGUCAAAGCUGGGCUGUCUGAAUUAGAACAUUGGUGUUAUAAGGCUACUGAUGAGUAUGCAGGUUCUGCUUGGGACGAGCUGAAGCAUAUUCGACAAGCGAUCGGGUUUCUGGUCAUUCAUCAGAAGCCAAAGAAGACACUCGAUGAAAUAAGCCACGAUCUAUGCCCUGUACUAAGUAUUCAGCAGCUGUAUCGUAUAAGUACGAUGUACUGGGACGACAAGUAUGGUACCCAUAGUGUUUCCCCUGAUGUUAUAUCCAAUAUGAGGGUGCUAAUGACCGAAGAUUCGAACCAUGCAAUUAGCAAUUCAUUUCUAUUGGACGACGAUUCAAGCAUUCCAUUUUCAGUUGAUGAUUUAUCAAAGUCCAUGGAGCAAAUAGACAUCGGAGACAUCGAACCACCGCCACUGAUUCGCGAGAACUCGGGCUUUAGUUUCUUGUUACCACGAACGGACUAAUGGAUGAAUCUUCAAUCUCUCUCUCUUGGAGCAUAAUUCGCCAAAGUUUCGAUCUUAAUUAAACCCCUCAAAUGCUGAGUUCUAGAGAUUCAAACAUGCCUUGCAGUUUGAAGUGAAAUGGAGCUCACCAAUCUUCCUCCAAAUGGCUUAGAUAUUGCUUCAAAUCACUUCCUAGCAUUGUAGCCCAAUUUUUUUUCUUCUUUACUACACUUUGUAUGAGUUUAGAUUUUUUGAGACAGAACCAGUGAAGUAGAAGGCAUCCAUCCUAUCAUAGAUCUCCACAUUUUUCUUUGUAUUUUAGUUGUACUUUCUCUGAGAUUGUUUCCAUUACCUUUAUAAAUAAUAAAUUAAAU